AUGGAAGAGGCAGCAGCAGCAGCAAGAGCGGCAGCUGCAGGGAAGGGAACAGUGACGCCAUUCGCUUCAUUGUUUCCCUCGAACGAGGCACAAAAGGCAGCCAAACGAGUUGAGGAGAAGAUUGGAGAGAAGGAAAAAGAGUUAGACUGUAUCAAUGAAUUCGUUACUGAAAACGCCAAUCUCAUUAACCUUGUCUCUAAAUUACCUGAUGAACUUAAUCAUGAGAUCAUGGUGCCGUUUGGGAAAGCUGCUUUUUUUCCUGGUAGAUUGAUACACACUAACGAGUUCAUGGUUCUUCUAGGAGAAGGUUACUAUGCUGAGAGAACAGCUAAGCAAACUGUGGAGAUUUUGACAAGGAGAGGGAAAGUUUUGGAUUCUCAAGUUGAGUCUCUUAAGGCAAAUAUGAGGGAUCUUAAAGCCGAGGCUUCAUUUUUUGAUGUUACAGCUUCUGAGGCUGCGGAGGGUCUUGUGGAGAUAAGAGAAGAUUUUGUGGAGGAAAAUCCUAGCAAAAAAAGUUCUAAAUCAGGCAAGUUCUUGCCUCUUCACCCCCUCUCACAAUUAGCUUUGCUUGGGUUUUCUCCUCAGUCUAGUCCAUUUAACUUUCAGGCUAUAAAUGACAAGAAUGACAACAAAAAUGAUGCGGUUGAAGAUGAUGAAUAUGCCCGCAUAAUGUCUAGGUUGGAUGAACUUGAGAAAGAAGAACUAGAAGCUGAAGAUGAAGAAGUGGAUGCUGAAGAUGACGAUGAGAGCAAUGUUCAGCAACAUGAUGCAGCUGAAAGCAAUGAUGAGAGUGAUACUGGUGAACAAACCGAUGCAACUGAAAGUGACAGUGAAAGCCAUGAAAAUAUGCAAAUGGAAGCUAAAUCCAAUCAACUUCCACAUCAGAUUCAUUCGGAGACUACAAAAUCAGGAGUCGAUAGUUCCAAGGCUUUCACAGGCUCAAUUGUGGAGAGUGCUGACAUUAUUCAAACAAAUUCCCGGCAACAGGCUGUGACUUCACCACAGGCUUCAAAACCAGCAUUUGACAGUUCCAAGGCUACAACAGGCUCCAUUAUGGAGGGUGGUGACCCUAUCCCCACAAAUUUACAACAGUCUGUGACUUCAUCCCAGGCUUCAAAACCAGCAUUUGACAGUUCCAAGGCCUUUACAGGUUCUAUUGUUGAACGCACAUACAAUUUACCAACUUCACGAGGACAACCUACUGUUUCAUCACAGGUAUCUAAUUCUCAACCUUCAAAGCCAGUUUCUAGAUUCAAGAUGCGGAGACCAUAG